UUAUCAUUAACUGUUAACUGUUUUGUCAUUUGAGAAUUUUAUAUAUUAUAUAUCUAUAUUAUAAGCUCAAGCUAACAUGCAAUUACAAUGCAAAACCCCUGAGUUCUCAACUUCCUUGAAAAAAAAAAGUGUCUGAAAAGCGAUGCAUCAACCACCACUUCCACAAGCAAAUGAACAGAAACUAGUCAUAGUCACACAGAGCUAUGAAGAUGGCAAGUGUUGUGAGAUACAGUUUUCUAUUGAUCAGUAUCUGCUUAAGAAGCACUUCGUGGGCAGACUCAAUGCUGCAAGUUACAUCUUUAAUUGGAGCUGUUGGGAAUAAUAUCAUCAUCCAGUGUGCUGCUGAUAAAACCCCUCAAGAUGGGGUAUACCUGUACAAACAAGCAGGAGCAAGUAAAAAUAAGCAGGAAGUCUUCUACUAUUACACAGAUGGGACUUUUAGCCCUAAAUCAAAAUGGUGUAGAGACAAAGUCAUAGUAAAUGGAACAUUUCCCAACUUUAAUGUCAUCGUCUUGAAUGUAAAAGCCACAGACAUUGGGUUGUACUGGUGUGAAUUUAAUUUGCAAGACAAAAAGUCAGUUGGCACAGUCACAUGGUUAUGGAUAGAAGAAUCAGUAGAGAAAGUGUGCUCAGGAGAUAUUCAUCAUCAUGUGAAGAUCUUUCUCAUUGUGUGUGCUGUCAUGCUGCUGCUGCUGUGUAUCACUGGUUUCAUCUUUGUAAUUCUGAAGGUGAAGGGGUGUUGGAGGAUCAAGAAAUGCAGACCAUCAAAUCCACCCUCAGACUCAGUUUAUGAAGAGAUGAAACGGAUUAAUUUAGACGGCCAGCCCAGUGUACGGACGCUCAUCAACCCUGACUAUCAAUCCAUUAUGUUACUCUACUAAAUAUCUGUGAUAUAAAGUUUAAAUUUAUCUCUCUAUUUGGAUUUGCAAAGCUUUCAAAUGAUUUAUUGCUUCAUAUUUGAGUUUCUCAUUUUCAUAUUUUUCUUAUCCUUCUUUCAGUUCAGAGAGAGAGAAACAUAAGCUACCUGAUCUAAUGAUGAAAACAUAACUGUGGGAACUUUUUCAAAAGACAUAAAAUACGUACCAAUAAGUACAUAUCAGUGCAGUUUCUAACAGAAAUGAACACUAGAGGCAGUAACACAGCGAGCACUUGUAAUCAUCUUCAUACACAGUUACGAUUACAGCUCCACAUUUUUCACUAUGGUUAUAUUUAAGAUGCUGUAGAUCAGGACCAACUUAAUAGUUUCAGUGUAAAGAAUAAAAAAAAGAUGCAGCAGUUUAAGAGAUAUUGUCAGCUGAUGGACAACAGAAAUGUCAAAGAGCUCAUUUGUGGUCUGGUGUGCACAUGCCUGCGAGCUACUUUCAGUCUGACAAAUAGUCCAACCGUGAACUGACUGAUAGAAUUAAAGUACAGAAUCAUAUUUCACGCCUCUGUUAAUAAUAAAGGCAAUCAAAGCUAUUUUGUCUCAUUGCAAAUUUUAAACUAAACACUGCAAUAAUAGUAGGCUACUUGUUUACACAGUUUGUAUUUGACUCUCUGAUGUUCAUUUCUAAACUUGGUCACCACUCUUAACCAAACAUCUUCCUUUGCAGUUGUGGUCAUGUCUUCCUUUCUAUAACCUUAGAAUGCAUUAAAACAAGCCACACUGACAUGUUUCUGAGCGCUGACUAACUAUGAUGAAGUUUAAAAAGUAUUCUGUGUGUGCAGAUGAGGCUUUUAUUAAAAGAGCAUAUAUUACAUAACAUGCAUUACUUAUCAUCCAGCUUGGUUGCAUUUUUAAUGUAUUUUAUUGUUUUUAAUGUAAUGUUUAUAUGUAUUUGAUUUAGUAUAUUUUGCCUCUGACAAGAGUGUCUCUUGUCUUUGUGUUGUGCAAAAUAACAUUGAAAAAUAAAAAGUGACAAAACAUUUAA